AUGUCUUUUCCGACACCGUCAUCUCUGCCGGCCAACGGCCUACCAGUGGAGACUAUGUUUAAACACAUCAUGGACGCUGUACAGAAAUCUCACGCAGAGAUAUCUGAAUUGCGGUCUGAGUACCACGAGCUCCGACAAGCAAAUGCAACUCUCGAGCGUCUCGUACGGGAAAGCACUCAGCACAACGGCUCAAGACUGGGCACCCCAGGGUUCCAAACCCCUGCGCCAAGUAGUCCUCUACUCCGCGCAAGAUCCCCUUUUCUGACUCCUGGAUCUAUACCCGCUCUGGCUGUCCCUCCAAGCUUCCACAUUCCGUCGCCUUUGAGCGACAAUGCACUCACAGCAUUUCCCUUCGGGAUCCGUGAUAUACCUGGAUUUUACGUUGUCAUUCCUGCCGGUGGAGCCGGGACGCGUCUUUGGCCUCUGUCCCGCGAGGGGCACCCCAAGUUCCUCCUCGACUUGACUCUCAAGGGUCGUUCCCUUAUUCAGGCCACUUGGGAUCGGCUUCUUCCUCUCUCCUCUGCUGCCCGGACAACAAUCGUUGCAGGUCCUGCCCAUGUGAGGAGCAUCACAGAACAGCUGCCGGAUCUCCUGCCGCACAACCUGCUGUGCGAACCCAGCGCAAAGGAUUCAAUGGCUGCCAUCGGUCUUGCUGCAGCGGUGCUCUCCAAGCGCGAUCCAGACGCGAUCAUCGGUUCGUUCGCCGCGGACCACAUGAUCUCUGGUGACGAUGCCUUCCUGGCUGCCGUCGCCGAAGCUGUGGAGGUCGCCAAGAAAGAUUACUUAGUUACUAUUGGCAUCGCGCCCUCGCAUCCCUCUACUGGAUUCGGUUACGUCCGCCUUGGCGAGAAGCUCGGGUUGUCGGACGCGCCGAACGCGCAUCUCGUGUCCAGCUUCAAGGAGAAGCCAGAUGCACGAACAGCCGCCGCUUACAUCAAGACAGGUAACUACCGCUGGAACGCGGGUAUGUUCGUGACGAAGGCUGUGUUCUUGUUGCAGCUGCUCAAGGAGUACAAGCCGGAGCUACAUGAUGGUCUCCAGAAGAUCGCGGCGUGCUGGGAUGAUGAGAGCGUUAGGCAGGGCGUUUUGGAUGAAGUCUGGCCAAGACUGGAGAAGAUCGCCAUUGAUAAUGCUGUAGCAGAACCGGCUGCGCUGGAUCGCAGAGUUGCGGUUGUGCCUGCUACGUUCGGUUGGGAUGAUGUCGGGGACUUCUCUUCCCUCGCUGAACUUCUUCCUGCUGAUACCAACCAGCCACGUGUGCUCGGAGAUAGUAACCUUGUGCUCACGGAACAGGCCGCUGGUGGAAUCGUCGUGCCCGCUUCAGGGAGACUCGUUUCGCUUCUCGGUGUCGACGAUCUGGUCAUUGUCGAUAUGCCCGACACGCUGCUCGUCACCACUCGGGCUCGAUCGCAGGAGGUGAAGCGCCUCGUGAAGAAGUGCAGAGAUGCUGGCUGGAAGCAGCUCUUAUAA